ACUAAAUAGAGUAAAAAUGUCGUUGACAGUGUUAUCGGCCGCCAUUUGUACCCUACUGGGUGCAGAAAAUACAGCCCCACCACCAACUUAUUCACUUGAUAGUGGUUAUUACUCAGUUAUUACAAAUGACAGACAAUUGUGCCCACCCGUCAGAGAUUUUGAAGUUACGUACUAUUAUUACUCAAGGGCAAACACAUCAAACCCAAAAGUGCUGAAAAUAAAUGACGACAAUUUAUUUACCGCGUCUGGAUUUGAUAUUAAUUUGCCCACGAAAAUUUUUGUACACGGAUUUACUCAGAUGCAUACUUCCAUCGAUGCACAAGGAGUUAAAGAUGCCUAUUUGUCAACAGUAGAUUGUAACCUAAUUUUGGUGGACGCUAGGGUUCUAUUUGCUGGCAUUAACUACAUAGCGGCAGCUCACAAUGUAGUACCACUUGGCGAAUACACCGCAAAAUUUGUUUGUUGGUUGGUAUCGAAAGGGAUGCCUCUUUCCAGCCUGGAAUUGAUUGGAAUGAGUUUGGGAGGGCAAACUGUCGGUAUCAUCGGACAAAGCAUGCAAUGCGGUAAACCUCCAAAAGUAGUGGCAUAUGAUCCUGCCGGUCCGCUAUUCACUGGUCUUCCAAUUGAUGAAAGACUGGAUUCUACUGAUGGAGACUUGGUUAUAGUGAUUCACUCGAAUCAGGGCUUUUUUGGAUACCCCUCAAAUUGUGGUGACGUCGACUUUUACAUUAACACCAACCCCUAUGACCAACCCGGUUGCCACUUGGUACAAUAUUUGCUGGAAAAUUCAUUUGAUGUAGUGGGCUAUCUAUUCUGUAGUCAUAACUACAGUUGGCGUGUGGCUGUAUACGCAAUUUAUCACCCAACUGCCUUCCCAGCAAGACAGUGCAACUCUUCAGCAGAAUACAAAGAAGGGAAGUGUGAUGGUAACGAUCUUCAAUAUCUUGGAGAUACUGUAACAUCAAGUCUAGUAGCCAACUACAAGGUCUCCAGGAUGCAUAGUAUAGGUGAAAUCUAUAAUUAUAAAUUGGAGAUUGCUGACUUUGAUAUGAAUUGCUGGAGAUUGCUCAUUUUGUUGUAA